AUGUGGGCACUUGGCGUGGUGGCAUGGGACUGCUGCGCACGGAUUCCGCGAUCCUUCUUCACACCCGACCCGAAGGGUUUCGUAGCAUCGAACAGGCACUGGUUCGUUUCCGGGCCGUUUGGCAUUUGGCGCGAGAGGGCAUGCGAGCUUCACUUGCUGGGCGACGACUUUUGCUGCGUGCUUCCCACAGGAGCAGGACAGGCGCAGUUCACACGACUUGCACAGGGAUUUGCAGCUCCGUUUGGCCAAGACCUGGAGACAUUGCAUGAAACAGACAUUCCACGCCGUGAGGCCAGUGAGGUGACUCCGAGUGCCACGCUCGGGGUGGAAGGCUCCGUGUUGGCGGUGCGAGAGUGCAUCCACCAGGUGCUGUCGAGUUGGUGGAUCACCGGCAAGUCCCGGCGCGAACUGGAGGCAGCCCUGGACCAUCUCCGCUACAUCGAGACCGAGCUACCCAUGCAGAAAGAUGAGCAGCACAACAGCAUCAGCAAUGAAGAGAAGAAGAAGAACAAAAGCUCUCUGGAGGAGUUGCACGAAGAGCUCCAGGUUGGCAAGACAAAGUCCGUCUCCCGGCGAUGGCUUGUGGAGACCUUUACAGAGGGGCAUGAGCUCUCCGCCUCACGCAGAAGCAGCAACAUCUCCGAGGUCACCCCCCUCUCCCCGCGAUCUUCACUGAAAGUGGCGGCUUCCGAGGAGGCACAUUCCGAGCGGGACGAGAACGAGCUUUACGCGGACAUCGAGCCCACAGACGCGGGGGACAUCGUGGUCAGCCUGUCUGGUGAGAGCGAGGUCGCCGAACUCUUGCGAGGUGUGGGGCGAUUGGACUUCGACAUCCUGGGCUUCGCCGAGCUGCCAGGGAUCAAGGGACACAUGCUCGAGGUCCUUUUCCAAAAGGCGGCACAACAUCACAGUCUUCUCGAGAAGUUGGAGGAUCAGUCGGCAGUGAAGGAGGGCCCUCUAUUCCGCAGCCGGCUGCCGAGAUUCUUGCGCUCCAUUGAGGAGAGCUACCGCUCUGAUGUGCCCUACCACACGGCCGUCCAUGCGUCGGAUGCGAUGAUGACGAUGGAGUGGCUCCUCAGAUCACAAAGCUUGGUGGGCCAGGUCUCAGCCGUCGACCACCUCAUGGCCCUGAUAUCCAUGGCGAUCCAUGACGUGGGCCAUCCCGGCAGGAACAACCUCUUCCAUUCGAAGACGCUGAGUCCUCUCGCCAUCACGUACAACGACAAAAGCAUCCUCGAGAACUUUCACGUUGCGACUGCCUUCGAAAUCAUGCAGAAGGACGCAGAUAUGAAUUGGCUGGCGCUCCUCAGCACGGACUAUGUCCCUCCGGGGAAAGAGAAGCCCUCAAACCUGCAGCAGCAGAUGCGAAGGGGAAUGAUCGAAAUCGUGCUGGGCACAGACAUGGCGAAGCACAACCAGCAUCAGAAGAGCUUGAUGAGCUGGGUGGCAAACAAGCCGACGCCCGAAACUCCGGCAGGGGAGCAGGCCUUCCUCCAGGAUAAGUUGGAGCUUCUGGAAGUCUUGGCGCACGCGGCCGACAUCUCGAACCCGUGCAAGCCACAUCAUAUGAUGUUGUUCUGGGCCGAGCGGGUCCUUUCGGAGUUCUGGUUGCAGGGCGACGAGGAAAGCCGUUUGAACUUGGAGUUCAGCCCCAUGUGCGAGCGGGCAGUGGGGGAGAGCUCAGUGCCGAAGCAGCAGAUCGGCUUCCUCAACUUUGUGAUCGCGCCCUUCUAUCAGCCUCUUGCAGAGCUUCUUCCCGAGGUCCAAGAGGCCGUAGACCACAUGACCGAAAACCGCGCCUUCUGGCAGAAGAAGGAGACAGAACAGGCCUCGGUCACGGACCUCUUUGGUCCAAGGGGAGAGGCCUAG